AUGUCCAUCUUUCUCAUCGGAGUGGAUCAGAUGAUGGGAUCCAUCCAUUUCGGCGACCGAGUUGCAUGGAUCUGGCGUUCUAAUGCCCAUCAUAACCUGCUCCUUAUUGCGCUGAUUGCAGCGGCAAUCCUUCUGAUUCGAUACGCCUCGCGUCAGGAGUAUUGGCGAAAUGCUGCACGUCAGGUCCGCGGGCGUCGGUUGGCGAUGGUCUCCUUUGCUAUCCUAUCGGUCUAUGUAUUGGCUGGAUUGCUCGAUAGCAUCCGUUGGGGUGAUCCGGUGUUGAACCCCGAUGGGAAACUGGUUCGCAACGAAGUGGGCGGACUCAUCUAUUCCCCACGCAGCACAAUCCAACAACCGGAUGGACGCGUCUCCCGCGAGUAUCCGGCACUGCAACACCCACGUUCACACCUCUUUGGGACGGACAAGGUCGGCACCGAUGUCUUCUACCGCGCGCUUAAAGGGAUUCGGACAGCGUUAAUCAUCGGUGGGUUCACAACGCUGACCGCGAUCCCGUUCGCGCUCUGUUUCGGCGUGGUCGCUGGCUAUUUCGGCGGUCGGGUCGAUGACAUCGUUCAGUAUAUCUACUCCACCCUCGCCUCAAUUCCAAGCAUUCUCUUGAUCGUCGCAUUUAUGCUCCUGUUUGGACACGGCUUAUUUAACCUCUGUCUCAUCUUGGGGAUCAGCAGUUGGACGGGGCUGUGUCGGCUGCUGCGCGGCGAGACCCUCAAGCUGCGGGAGUUAGAAUAUAUCCAAGCCGCAGAAGCCUUCGGCAUCGGCGUGGAUCCGACGACGGGCAGUUGGGGCAACAUGAUCAACACCGCCCGUUUGGAGUUAGCACGGGAUCCGGUGGUCUGGUGGAAUCUCAUCGCCGCGUUUCUGUUUAUGUUUGGGCUGGUGCUACCGGCAAAUCUAUUUGGGGAUGCGGUUCGUGAUGCGUUGAGAUCCGCGCCUACGAACGGAGUAGAAAAGGGAGAGGAAAAAUGGAAGCUAUAA